UGAGAAUGUGCGCGGCGGGCUCAUACUUUUACUUUGACAUUCCCACUUGUCUUCCCUGGCUGUACGGAAUGGGAGUUUUUUGAUGGUGGCCUCCAGUAUCAGUACACUGUGGGUGCGGCCAUGACAGUUUCUGAGCGAACCGGAACUACGGAGUGCGCCAUGGCAACUAUUGGCGCAUCGCAGCUUCGGAAGUGUUCGUGAGCAGGCGUGCAAUUCCCAGCCUGGGAACAAAGUCCGUGCCCAGCGUUCGCGGAAGCCGGAAGUGGCCCGGAGUGGCCUUUUCAGUUUAGUCUUUGGGGUGUUUCUGUGGUGAUCCCGCGGUGGGACCGGUUGUGGGGGCUUUGGGCGGUUGGAGAGGCAAAGCUGGCUUGCGCGGAGAGCGGGCCCGCGCAGAGGGAGCUCUGAGCCAGUGUACGCCCGGGUCGGAUUUUGCAGCUGUUGGCCCGUGAACGUUGUUCCCUGGAGAAGAGUGGACCCGCGUCUCCGAGCGUCGCGGCGAGGGUGCCCGGGCCUGCGGGACCUUGGGGACGGAGGUUCCGUGCUAGCGGCGCUGGAGGGGUCAGUCACGGGCUAGGAGCUGCUCGCUUCGGGUGUGGAGGACUUUGAGGAUGCUUUGAUACUCCUGAAAAAAAUAAUUCUACUAGCAAAAGAGACUAAGAGUAGAAUACAGAAAGAACAUGCCUGCUGGUAUGACUUUGUCUCAGAAGUCCCAGAGACUUGGAGCUGAGAAGCCGCAUGAAUCAUGUGAGAGACUGGUGUCCUUUGAGGAUGUGUCUGUGGACUUCACUUGGGAGGAGUGGCAACACCUGGACCUUGCCCAGAGAUGUCUGUACCAGGAUGUGAUGCUGGAGAUCUACAGCCACCUCUUAUCAGUGGGACAUCCCAAUCUCAGCCCAGAGGUCCUCUUCAGAAUGGAGAAAGGAAAGGAGGCACAGAAAUGGGAGGCUGAAUUCUUGCAUAAGAGGUUUCAGUGUCAAGGGGAAUCCAAGCUUAAUGCAGCACAUCAACAAAUUUCUGUGAAAGCCUCAUUUCUAAAUGAUGGGAUCAGUGAAGUCAUGAGAUAUGGUUUACGGUGUUCCACUUCAGAGCUGUGGCAGGAUGCUGACCCAACAAAGAAUGAUCAACAAAACCAGAUCCCACCCUUGAGGCCUGGUGCUUUCCUCAGCAAGAAAGCACUGAACACAGACAGGGGCUGGGAGUGUGAAGAACCUGGGGAAACCAUUCCUUUGGGCCACCACCUCACUUCUACACAAAACAGACCUCAAAAAUUAUGUUCUCUUGCAAAAAAGAUGAGGCCUAACCUACAAUCAAAUGGUAAAAAUCAAAGUAGUGUCACCAAACAAUUUAAUGACCUUGUUGUGUCUAGUCAGCUCUUCUUGAAUGGCUCCUCUAAUGUCAAGUGCAUGGUUACUCAGGGGCGAGAGACAUGCAGAGAUAAUGAGAUUGAAAACGUUCUUGGCCAUCAACAACCAUUUGUGCAGCAGGAAAUUCAUUUUCAGGACAAACCAGUUGACUGUACUGAAUGCGGGAAGGCCUUCCGAAGCUGGUCAGCAUUCUGUCAACAUCAGAUGUCUCAUACUAGCAAGACACCUUUUCUCUGUCACACAUAUGGGGAAGCCUUCUUGCAGAUGUCAGAGUUGACAUCCCAUCAACAGAGUCACACCGAAAAGGACAAUGAGUGUCCCAACUGUGGGAAAUCCUUCCUCUGUGUAUUCCACCAUCAUCAAACUCACACCAGGGAGAAACCUGCUGAAUGCUGUGUCUAUGGUAAGUCAUUCAGCUGUACACCCCAGCUGAAGUUGAAUCAUGGAAUGCACCCUGACAGCAGACCUUAUGUGUGUUGUGAGUGUGGGAAGGCCUAUAAGCAACAGUCAGUCCUCAACAUACACCAGAGAAUUCACACAGGGAAGAACAUUCAUAGAUGUGAUGACUGUGGGAAAUUGUUUGUUUACAUAUCUGACUUCAAGAAGCAUCGUCGGAUUCAUACAGGUGAGAAGCCUUACAGAUGUCAUGAAUGUGGGAAAUUGUUCAGUAUUCAAUCUGACCUGCACGUGCAUCACCGAGUUCACACUGGUGAGAAACCUUAUAAAUGCUGUGAGUGUGGGAAAUUGUUCAGUACUAAAUCCCACUUGCAAGUACAUCAUCGAAUCCACACUGAUGAAAGACCUUACAAAUGCUGUGACUGUGGGAAAUCAUUCAGAAGAACUACCCACCUGAAAGUGCACCAUCGAAUUCACACUGGUGAGAAACCUCAUAUGUGUUCUGACUGUGGGAAGGCUUUCCGUGAUAAGUCAGUCCUCCGUAUACAUCAGAGAAUUCACACUGGGGAAAAGCCUUACACAUGCAAUGACUGUGGGAAAACCAUGUCUACUAAGUCUCAACUCAGAGAACAUCAACGAAUUCACACAGGUGAGAAACCUUAUGUGUGUGCCGAUUGUGGGAAGGCCUUCAGUGGCAAGUCCUCUUUCUAUGUACACCGUAGAAUUCACAGUGGGGAGAGACCUUUUGUGUGUCACAAAUGUGGGAAGAGCUUCCUACAGAAGGUACGGUUGACAUCCCAUCAACAAAUUCAUGCUAGAGAGAAGACUUAGGAACACUGUGACUAGGAAAUAAUUCUGUGUGUUGCAUAUCAACUGAAGGUGUGUCAUCAGAGUCACAGGGAGAGAGCUGUUACCAAUACUGUGACUAUGAGAACUCAGAAAUUGAAGGUGUAUCAUCAGAGUCACUGGAAGGGUAGUGUUACCAGUACUGCGACUGGGAGAACUCAGCACCUAAAGGCAUGUCGUCAGAUUCACAGGGAGAGAAAUGUUACCAGCAUUAUGACUGUGAGGACUCCCAGCAACUGAAGGUGCAUCAUCAAAUUCAAACUGGAGAGACUGUCUGUUUUCGGGAUGCAGGAAAUCUUUAAAACCAUGUCAGAUUUCAGUAGACAUGAGCAAUUCCUACCACAUACAGUUUUUACAGACACUCUGAUCACAUAAAAGGCUUUAGCACCAAGUCAGUUCCUCAUCCAUACUCAUCUAAAUGUUCUCCUUUAGUUACUUGCAAAAGAAUAUUUAACGAGACAUAUGUAAGGCUCAGUUGAUAAAAGCUUGCCUUGCAAUCAUGAGGUCUCAAGUUCAAUCCCCAGAACCCAUGUAAAAUCUUGACAUGUUGGUGUGUGCUUCUAAUCCACAUGAUGGGGAUCAGAGAUAAAUGGAUCUUUGGGGUUAGCAGGCCAGCCAGCCUAACCUAAUUGGCAAGCAAAUGAAAGACCCUAUCUUUCAAAAGGUGCCUGGCCCCUGAGGAGUGACACCUGAGGUUGUCCUCUGGCUUCUAUACCUACACGUACCUGUGCUCCUGCACACAUGUGUACCUGUGCCCACAAAAUGUAUAGAAAAAAAAAACCCCACACAGAAUAAUGGCCUAAUUGGUAAAGUGCUUGCCACUCAAGCUUGAGAACCUGAGUUUGGAUCCCCAGAACCGACUUAAGAUGGCAGAUGUAGCAGUCACCUUCUUGUUGCUGGGACUUGACACCUGACCAGAAGUAAUUUAAGGGAGGAAAGAAAAGGUUUGUUUCAGGCUUACAGUUUCAACAUGGUGGAGAAAAGCAUGGCAGAGCAGGCAGCUGGGGAGUCAUAUCUCUGUAGGAAGGAAAUCACCUGGGUGAGCCAGCUCUCAACACCCAGUAGGGCUGGACUAAACAUCAAGGUCUGCCCUCAUCAACAUGUCUUCUCCCAAAGGGUCCACCAGCUGAGAGGAAUCAAUCGCAAACAUUUGAGGCUAUGGAGGACAUUAUACAUUCAAACCACCAUACCAGCCAUUGUGGCACGCAUCUACACACAGAUGAGGAGUCCCUAGAACUCACUGGCUAGCUGUUAUAACUGAAUUGCCAAGUUCUAGGUUCAGUGAGAGACCCUGUCUCAAAUAAUAAAAAGUAGACAGCAAUGGAGGAAAACCUCCAGCAUCUAGCUCUGGCCUCCCCAUGUGUACACACAUACACCCACACACAUAAGAAUGUGUGUGGAAGCAGAAUAAAGUCAGGACCAUGACUUCCCAUUGGUACAUGAUUACCAUGGAAUCUGUCCUUGUGUGUACAUGGAGAUCCUGAACCACUGUUACAGAAUAUUCCUCCAAACUGGAAUAUUGCUCCCUGAAGGGAGGAGGGAGUAGGAGAUCUACAAGUCUGGGAGAGCUGAAACUUAAAAGCCCCAGCAACUCCCCAAGGUGAUGGGAGCAGUAAACAUCUGUUGAAGGGCUAAUGCUGAUUAGUGUCAUGUAGCAAUUUUCUUGGAUUUAAACUUUCCUUCUUGGAGUUGGGGGAGAAAGGAGACUCAGGAGGUCAAGCCUGAGAAAGUUGAAACUUUAGACCCCUCCCUAAGGUUAUAUAAAGGGUAAACUGCUUGGGAGACUUAACCCAUGGAGCUGCCUACAACUUAUGCAGCUUGCUCCGAAGAUGCUUCUCCUGUGAGUCAGUCAUCAUCUGUGUUGGGGUGUACUUUUCAGUAUGCAGCUGCUUUGAAUUACCCUGCUCUGGAAGUAACCUCAAUAAGCCCAUUAGUUUGGCAAAACUGGCUUACGUGCAAACAUGCUUUGGUCUGUGGUCUGUGCCUUAUUUGGGAUGAACAGAUUUGCAUCUCUCCAGGGAAAAAGUUUCACAUGGCAAUCACAGUCAUGGAAAACAUCUGUGCUACUUAUAACCAGUGUACCUCUGAGUUCAGACCAACCAGUUUGAGCCAGCCUGCAUGACACUGAUCACUUCUGGGGAGGGCACCCUGCAAAAGGGGAAAUAUUGGUGUGUUUUCUACAUACUUACUCAUGUUGUUGUGUCUCCUUGCACAAACACUGUUGAGGGAAUAAAGGUACAAGACUGGGGAACAAUCCAGAGAUAUGCGA